AUGAAGAAAAAGAUUGAGAUUGAUUCAGGGCGGAAGAAGGAAGAGAUAGAAGUAAAGAGCAAAAGGGAUUGGUGGGAUAACGAGUGUAGAGAUAAAAAGAGCAAAGUUAGAACAAAGCUACAAAAGUGGAGAAGAGAAAGAGGAGACAAAAAGGGAUAUAAGGAAGAGAAAAGAAGUUAUAAGGAAUUGUGUGAAAGGAAAAGAGAGGAGGAGAACAAAAGAUGGGUAGAGAAGGCAAGAAAAGAGAGGACUGAAAAAGAAAUAUGGAAGAUAGUGAAUAGAGAAAGAAAAAAGAAACGUUGGGGAGAUCACGACCGGAUUGAGAUAGAAGAAUGGGACGGAUACUUUAAGAAGUUACUAGGAAGGGUGGAAUGGAGAGUGAUGCAAGGUGAAGGAGGAGGAGAGUUAGAUAAAGAACGAAAGAUAGAAAGAGAAGAAAGUGUGAAGGUGAUGAAAAAGAUAAAGGUAGAAAAAGCAGCGGGAAGGAUGGAAUCCCGGCGGAAGUGUGGAAGUUUGGAGGAGUUGGGAUACAGGACUGGGUAUAGAGAAUGUGUGGGAGAAUAUGGAAAGAGGAAAAAUGGAUAA